AUGAAAGCGCGGGCUGAAGCCAGCCUACCGUCAACGAUGACGUCACCCAAAACUCAGGCUGGAGCUCGAGCUCGCCUUGACUUCAAGCCAGCCUGGUCCCGUGGGACCCACAGCCUGCUCAGGCUAGACAGGCCCGCUGGAAAUGAAUUUUGGACUACCCCCCCCCCAACCCUAACUGCUGGAACAGCUCAUACAAUUUGGUCCAGGAGUCCACUGCACCAUACUCUUCCAUGA